AUGGCAACUGUGGUGGUAAACGGUCCGAACCAGCGUCGGCUCAAUGUCAAAGUCACACCAGGAACUGUCCUAAAUGACGUUCUCAACCAAGCCUGUGAUAGAUUCGGACUGACGGCCGAUAGCUUUACAUUACGACAUGGCAAAAACAUCGUUGACUUAACACUACCAUUCCGACUCUCACGAUUAGGCCCCGGCGCUAAACUAGAUCUCAUCAGGCGCGAAGGAGGGAAAGCCGGUUCGGUUAUUACGGUUGCCCUACAGUUUAUCGAUAACUCCAUACCUCGCAUGAUCGAAAAGUUCCCUAGCUCGGCAACAAUAUGGGAAAUCCUUAAGAAAUUCGAAGACAACUCUGGUGGGAAGCUUAUGCUGACCGAAAGAGCUGUCCCGGAUGGAACCAAGCAGGGUGCUGGGAGAUUGUACUAUGAGAUGCCAACGAUCCAUAUCAUCAACCGCGAACUAGCUUCUCUCGAUGACCUGAAGAAAUCGCUCGCUGCUCUAGGUUUUACAUCUGGUACUGCGCUACUCAGGAUCAAAUUUACACAAACCACCAUACCAUUCGAAGAGGCAAUCCUCCAAUUCGCAGAUUUGAAUGCGAAGCCAGAAACAGCAGAAGGGUCUUCAUCGGCAAGUGCUUCGACUUCAGCGCUCACGCCUGCCGAACCAUCAGCUUCAGAACCAGUCUCUGAAAAUCUUACACCAGAGUCAUCCACACCGGCUACAUCGACCCCACUGAUUGACACAGAAACAUACCCACUUCCAACUUUUCCAGACCAAAUCGCACCUCCAGAAACAUCAAACACCCAAAUCGAACCCGUCCACCGCGAAAACACCGAUGUCGGACCAAACAACCGCGAGCUUUCAGUCUUUAACCCCGGUAACUCUACCGUUCCGUCGGCUGCUGUCGUCAACAUCGACGAAAAGGAGUACGAUAUGUCCAUAAACCAAGCUAGACAGUAUCAAGCCCAACUCAAAGCUGCUACAAUCAACAAGCGACUGUUAACCGAAGCCCAGAAACAAAAACUUGCAGAUGAAGAAAAGGCUCGACGUUUGGCGGUCGAUAAAGUGGAUAUUCGCGUUAGGUUCCCAGAAGGCAGUAUUAUACAGAGUGUGUUCACACAAACUGAUACUACGGACGACCUCUAUGCUUUUGUGAAGGGUAUUAUGAGGAACCCCGGAUCGGAUUUCCAUCUUGCCCUUCCCGGACCAAAACAAGAACCCAUUCCUGCAAGCGACAAGAGGAUAAUUGUUGACUUGGGAAUAACACACGCAACGCUUCUGAAUUUCUACUGGAAAGAGAGCGUCAGCGCUUCCAUCAAGAAACAAGAUCCACUUUCUGCGGAAUACCGAGAGAAGGCACGUAAGUUGGAAGCUCCAAAGGAGCCAGACUCAAUAAUGGUUGAUGAUGAGACUCCGGCAAACCAAGCACGAAAAGGUAGCAGCAGUGGCGGUGGAGGUUCAGGAUCAGGGGCUUCGAAGGUUCCCAAAUGGCUAAAAUUUGGGAAGAAGUAA